CCCAUCUCCUCCCGCCCCUCUCCCGCCCCUCUCCCCUCCCUCUCCCCAGCUCCUCCUUUUCUCUCCCGUUCCAGCCGCCCGGGCCUCGCCGCUCCCAUGCCCGACAGCCCCGCCGCGCCCCCGCCGGCCCCGACAGAUGGAGACGGAACUGGAGACGGCAGCGAGGCCCCGCCAGCACCGGGACCCUCCGCGGGCGCCGCCGCCCCGCCUCGGGAGGAGGAGGAGGAUGAGGAUGAUGAUGGUGGUGAGGAUGACGAGGAUUUCCAGUUCCUGCUGUGCGAGGGCUGCGGGCAGGACUCGGCUCACCCCCGGCUGCUCGGCUGCCUGCACACGCUGUGCCCCGGCUGCCUGAGCGAUGCCAAGCAGUGCCCGCGCUGCCAGGCGGCCGCGGCCGCUCCGGCCGUGGAUAACCUGCUCUUCAGCAACCUCCGGAGCCGCCUGCAGCUCUGGAAGCAGAUCCGCAGCUCCCGCGGGCCCUGCUGCGGCCGCUGCCGCGCCGAGGAGGCGCUGGUGUGGUGCGAGGAGUGCGAGGAGUUCCUGUGCGGCCGCUGCUCCGAGGAGCACCGCUGGUGGCACAAGAAGAAGGAGCACAGGUUCCUCAAGGUGGAGGAGCUGCGGGCGGGCUCGGCGCGGAGCUUCCUGCGGGACACCAAAACCUCCUGCAGCAUCUUCUGCUCCUCCAGCAGCCACCCCCAGGAGAGCCGUGUCUGCAGCAUCUACUGUCCCCGCUGCGAGCGCGCGCUGUGCUGUCCCUGCGCGCUGCUGGACACUCGCCACGCGCCCUUCCGCGACCUCGGUGCCGAGACCCUGCGCCGCCGGGACGAGCUGCGCUCCCUGCGCCGCGACCUGCGCCAGCUCCGCGCCGCCUUCCAGGCCUCGCUGGGGCGGCUCCGCGCCGAGGCCGCCCGGCAAGAGGAGCGGCGGCGGCGGCUGCAGGAGAGCGUCCACGCCAGCUGCGAGCGGCUGCAGCGGCUGCUGCGCGGCGAGGCCGAGGAGCUGCAGGCGCUGCUGGAGGCACGGCCGGAGAGCGGCCGGAGCGGGCCGGACGAGGAGCUGCGCGGCGCCGAGGAGGUGCUGCAGCGGCUGGAGGCGGCCGAGAGGCUGGCGGAGCGGCUGGGGCGCUACGGCGGCGAGCAGGAGCUGAUGGACAUGCAGCCCUUCGUCAAGGGCGCGCUGCGGCGGCUGCGGCAGCUGCGGCCGCCCCGGCCCCCCGAGCCUCAAGAGCCCCCGCGCUUCGCCGAGUGCCGGGCGCGGCUGCGGGCGCUGGUGGAGCGCGUCACGGGGGGCCCCGCCACGGACAUCCCCGAGCUCCAGGAGGCCCUGGAGAACGACCCGGAGGAGGAUCCGAUUCAUCCCAAAACCCGGAGCAUCUCCCCCAGCCUUGAGGAGAUCCACGUGGAGCAGCCUCUCCCGCACCCCUGGAACAAGCGGCCGGCUCCCUGCACGGAGAGGGGCAGCCAGAUGUCUCCCAAAAUCCUGAAGCUGGAAUGUGACCAAGAGCCGGGCCCCAGCCACCCCAAAUCCCACUGGGAAUUCCGGACGGAGCCCGGCCCCUCCACGUCGUGGCACAACCACGUCAGGGCCGGUGACCCAGAGGGCGGGAGCAUCAUCGUCAUCUGCAGCUCGGACGACAGCGACGAGGACACCACGGUGGUGACGGUGACACCGGAGCCGCCUCCGUGCUGACAGCCCCUGGAACCAUCCCGCUUCAUCCUGGAAUUCCCAGAUUCCUGCUUGGGCUUUCCUCUUCUUGCCCCAUCCCAAUUUUAUCGCUGGACCGAGCUUCCAGUGCUCUGGAAGGUCUGGAAAUCCCGCCUGGACCUGCUGGCACCUCCCCUUUGGGGUUUCCUGGGAAUGAUGUUCUCCUCUUCAAUCCCAUUCAGCUUGAUCCCAAAAUAAAAUCCAGGAUGGGAUUUGGGAUCUGUGCUGGCGGAUCCCAUUCCCAAGCCCCCCUCAAAGGUGGGGAGAUGAUCCCAAGGGUGGGAUCCCCUCUGGGAUCCCCCAUCAGUACCUGGAGCAGGGAAUUCCUUAGGAUUGGGAUCAGGAUUGGGAUUGGGAUUGGGAUUGGGAUUGGGAUUGGGAUCAGGUUUUCCAAUGUAACGAGGGAUUAAAAUCCCGGUUUUUUUAAUGCCUCCCCUCAAUAAAGCCAU